CUAAGAUUUAUGCGCAUAAGUUGAUGAUAUCAUAAACUGCUCAUGUACGAAAUGUUUGAGAACUGGUUGGGUGUGAGAAUAUAAUGGAUGUUUCAACAUAUUUUUUUCAAUUAAUUUUUAGAAUGAGUAGAAUUAUGAGAGCGAAUCAAAGGAUUAAGAUACAGUUACUUCCCUUUAUUUACCAGAAAGAAGACACCAUUUGUAUAAUUCAACCUAAGCGCAAUUACGCAUGUGAACGGCAACAGCCUUCUUCGAGAUAAAGAGCACAGAAACACCCAGUCAGAUGAUAUAAUGACACCAGGAACAAAAAGAUGAACAUCUACACCUGACACACAAGAAUGAACAAAUGAAUUUUGAAGUGUUAGAGAUACCUGUUUAACCAUAGUGCCCAUUGGUGGCAUAGUAGAGGGCUCAAAAAUGGAUGGCCUAGAAGAAAGUUCUAAAAUGGAUGGCCCAGAAGAAGGUGUGAAAAUGGAUUGUCUAGAAAAGAAUGUAAAACUUCUUGGCACAGAAAAGAGAGAGAAGAGGAUUUUUUUUUGUGAAACAUGUGGAAAAGGUUUUGAAUAUAAAAGUCAACUUACGUGUCACGUUCCAACUCACUUAGAUAAAAGUUCUCGCCCAUAUAAAUGUGAAUUCUGCCCCUGUUCUUAUGUUACACCAGGGAGAUUAAAAGCUCAUAGGAUCACGCAUACAGGAGUUAUCCCACUUGAUUGUGUCUACUGUAAAAAAACAUACACCGAUAAAGCAGAAUUCAUACAGCAUAUGAAACUGCAUAAUCAUGAAAAGAAAUAUUUUUGUACUCUUUGUGACAAAAGGUUUAAUAACAGUUAUCAUCUAACAAGACAUUAUAAGAGUCAUUAUGGUUCCAGAGAUCAUACUUGUGAUAUUUGUGGAACAAGUUUUAUAUUCAAGGACUAUUUACAAAAACAUAUAAACAUGGUUCACCAUAAAGCUGAUAGAAAAGUUUGUAAGUUAUGUAAUAAAACAUUUUCCUGCAAUCAUUCCUUGAACCUCCACAUGCUGCGUCAUAGUUCAGGGAAAGAAUACUUGUGUGAUCUGUGCGGGAAAAUUUUUAUGACUUACCAGGAGAUGCACGUGCAUGUAUUGAGGCACGUGUCUGUGGAAGUUUUCCCUUGCAAAGUAUGUGAUAAGUCAUUUUUAGGACGUCAUUAUUUAAAGAGACAUCUUAAAAUUCAUUCAGCAAGAGUGCAAGAAUUUCAGUGCGAUGUUUGUGGUAAAGCAUUUAUGUCACAUGAUCAACUUAAAAGGCAUAUAGAACUGCAUUCUGGUAAAGAGGACGCAAAAUGUAAAGUCUGUGGUAAAUGUUUCAAGAAACAAUAUUUAAGCAGGCAUAUGAAAAUCCAUUUUGAGGGGCGACACAAGUGUGAUGUUUGUGGAAAAGUGUUUCGUAACUAUGCAGAUUUAACGAGGCACAUGACUAUACAUACUGGAGAGAAACCCCACGUUUGUGAAUAUUGUAACAGGGGAUUCAGUUGCUAUACGAACUUGUUGAGGCACAAGAAAUAUAAACAUAGUCAGGUAAAAGAUUAUAUAUGCAAUGUUUGUGAUAGAAAAUUUAAAACAAAGGUAGACCUUCAUAAGCAUGAACAGACGAAGCUGCAUAAACGAACAAUAAUCUUGCUUGGUAAAAAUACAUAGACUAAGCUUAAUGGAAGAACUGUCAUUGAUUAAGUGUAAAGCAUAUCAAUGAUAUACUGUAAAAUUCCUAAUAAACGCCACCUCCCCUAAUAAGUGCUGAAAUCCAAAAUUUCAUUCAAAUCAUUCAGAAUCAAUUUUAUUCUAUAGUAUGAACUUUAAAAUCUUAACACUUUUUAAUGUUUUCACCAUCACUUGCUAACACUAAAUGUAUUUACAAUGAUUUUGGAUUUAGGAAAAACUGUGUUGUUAUAAAAGCCCCCCUUUUGGAAAAUGUUUAGCCCCCGGGGGCGUUUAAUAGGAAUUUUACGGUAUUGAUGAUAAUUUUAUACCAGGCUGGAUUUGAAAGAACAAUCUUUUCAUGCCAGGGCUUUUUUCCUUCUAUAACAGGUGCCGAUAUAAGUCCCCUUCACAAUUCAAAAUUGCACUUUUUUUCACAAAGCGGCAGAAAAAAAUUCACAAUUUCAAAAGAGAUUCACAAAAUA